UAUCAAUCAAACCAAUCUGGGCCGCACAGAAUAAUGCCUAGGGCAAAAGCUCGGGAGGUGGGGAGGCCAGUGGAGUUCAUGUAGCAUUGAAUAGAUGGCCGGAGCCAAGGAAGAUGGAAAUUACUCGAGGGAAGAAAAAAAAUGUCGGCGUUUUAGGGAGAGGAGGGGGGUGGGAAAGAAGGAUUCUGAAAAAGCAAGGGCGACAGCUAGGAAGCAAGGCCCCAGCCAGUGUACCCUCUUCCAGUUGAAUCGCGAGUGGCACAGGGGAGGGAUAGGCAGCUGUCCCUUGCUUGAUUGAUUGAUUGAUGUGGGCAAGAUUUUUCAAACUAAAAUUAGAAACUAAUAUUUAUAAAUACAUUUACGAAUAGCAAUAAUAUUUUAAUACAAUGUCAAUGCAUAUGGGAUGAAAUACGCACUUUAUAUGCACUUUAAUCCAGCAGCAUUUUGUCAUGUUACUGUAUUUUCGCGCAGCUACCUGUGAAAGCGGCAGCUGAUCCGUCUCAGACACCGCUGUAAAUAUGGCGCUUCUGAUUAACUUCACCAUUGCAAACUAACGUUUUUAAAACAAGCACUCUUCACUUGGUGUUGCGGCCAUGAAGAGAGUUAAUGCAUAUUACAUUUAGUACACAUUUGAGGCUGUUGUCGCCUAAUUUAGUGGGCAACAGGAACAAUUUGCAAUGUAUUAGCUAGUAAGCUAACGAGCUAGAUAGCUGGUUUAUUUACGAAAGCAACUAACGUUAGCUAUUUUGUUUAGCGACCUUGUCUUGAACAAGUAAACGUUCGCAAUAAAUGUAGUUUAAAGUUCUCUGAAACUGAAUUUUUACUUCACUGAAGUGUCUCACUCCGACAGCUUUUUCCUUCAUAUGAUUGAAAGCUAAUCCAAUAAUUGCUUGCUAUUGCUAAACCCAUCAAGACGCUCUACUAGUUGGCUUUGUUGCUGCGAUAAAAGCAAGUCGGGUUUUAACAUGGUGGGUGUGUGCCAUCAGUUAGGACCGUGGACAUUAACCUGGUUUCACGAUAAGACAUGUAUGAUUCGCACCAUUGUCGUAUCCUUGCACACACGAACGUCCGCCAACAUGAUGGCUGCCCAGUCGGAUUCCAUAGACAAGUACCUGGAGGGAGAGCAGCAGAUGCUGGGGUCGGAGCAGACGGACGGUGACGAGGGUUUGGAUGCAGCCUCCAGUCCAACCCCCACUGAGCCCCAGACCCCCAUGGAUGUAGAUAAGGCUUCCAUAUACCGGCAUCCCUUGUUCCCUCUCCUGGCCCUGCUCUUUGAGAAAUGUGAGCAGUCGACACAGGGCUCAGACUGUGUCACGUCAGCCAGCUUUGAUGUGGACAUUGAGAACUUUGUCCGCAGCCAGGAGAAAGAGGGCAAAGCCUUCUUCAGUGAGGAUCCUGAUCUCGACAAUCUGAUGGUGAAGGCCAUCCAGGUGCUGCGGAUCCACCUGCUGGAGCUGGAGAAGGUCAGCGACCUGUGUAAGGACUUCUGCAGCCGCUACAUCUCCUGCCUCAAGACCAAGAUGAACAGCGAGACGCUGCUGAGUGGAGAACCUGGCAGCCCCUACUCAUCUGGACAGGGUUUCUCCCCCACCAAGAUACAGACGUCCAGCUCUUUCACAGGAACCCUCAGUCCCCAGGGGAUUGUGGUGCCAGCAUCGGCCCUGCAGCAAGGCAACGUCACCGUGACAACAGUCAACCCCACACAGGUUAUAGCAGGUAUGUCACCCUGGCAUACAACAACCACAGGUGGCACAGUCUACCAACCAGUCACAGUAGUCAACUCACAGGGCCAGGUGGUUUCACAGACCCUCUCGCCCCAGACCAUACGCAUCCAGAACACACAGCUCCAGCUGCAGCUCAACCAGGACCUGAGUUUCUUCAACCACGACGACAGCUCACCCAAGAACAAGCGUGGCGUUCUUCCCAAACAAGCCACCAACGUCAUGCGCUCCUGGCUCUUCCAGCACAUCGGGCACCCCUACCCCACGGAGGAUGAGAAGAAGCAGAUCGCUACCCAAACUAACCUGAGCCUCCUCCAAGUCAACAACUGGUUCAUAAACGCGCGGAGGCGAAUCCUGCAGCCCAUGCUGGACGCCAGCUCUUCGGAGACACCCAAAACCAAGAAGAAACCUCCUCCGAACAGGCCGCUACAGCGCUUCUGGCCUGACUCCAUCGCCACGGGGAUGACACAACAACAGGUCCAGAUGCCAGAUGGAACCACGGUGAUGAUGAGUGUGGAGGGUCUCCGGAGCCUGACAUCAGACGGUGCCACGCUGGCCGUGCAGCAGGUGAUGAUGGGCGGGCACAGCGAGGACGAAUCAGGAGACAGCGGGGACGAGGACGAUGAUGACGACAUGGUUGGGCUGGGCCUGGACAACAGCGACUCCUUGCAGUAGGACACAGACGUACUGUACACACACACACACACGAAGACAUACACACUUAAAAACAAACUUUAAUAUGUGUGUGUGUGGUGGUUAAGACCUUCAACUGACCCAUUAUGUAGGUAGGCUGAUAAUGAAUGAGGUGGGCUGAUAAUGAAUUGCAACACACACUUAGAACCAAAUCAGCGCCAUUUUUGAUGCUCUGCUAAAAAAUAGGAUGGCUCAGAUUAUGUAUGUACUGUAGAUAGACUGGUAUUGCAUCGCGAGUACACAAUGUAAGUAUACGUUCUCUCGAUCGGUUUACACAGAGCACAAGCACUGGACAUACGGGAUCACUCCUGAUGUCCCUUUUAAUGAAUGGAGUGUCUUGUGUGUGAGCAGUUCGAUUUCAGAAAGCGUUUUUUACUACGUCGUCAGCUUGUGUAGGCCAGUGUUUUUCUGUAUAAUAUCAUUGUAUGUUCCAAAAGGCUGAGAACGGAAGCAGCAACAACAACAAAAAAUUAUCAUCAAGUGUUAAAAAACACACUCUGAAGCUCCGUUACUUAAAUGUUGAAUGAUUUCUUAUUUUUUGAUUUAAUCUCUUGUUGGAUGCCAACACUUUCAAGUUGUAUCUGUAAUGGGUUUUGUUCACUUUGCAUGCCUGUGUUUGACUACAUGUGCCCACUCUGAUUAGGACUGGCUUACAGGCAGAGCCCAUGGUGUACAGGAAGACCCUAUAGGUCCAGAAAAGCCCAUUAGGAAAAUUAAAGUAAAAGAGGCUUAUUUUUAUAUACAAACAUGAGAAGUAUGUUUUUUGUUUGGUGUUCUCUUGUUUUGUUUGGAAUGUUUAUGUACAAAGGUUUUGUUAUUGAAACUAGCGGCCCUGUUUUCCAGGGUCCAAUUAAGUUUUCUAAAUAUUGAUGACAAAUGAGAAGAAAAAAAAUUUGAUUAUGUCAAAUGGUUUUUAACACGAUCCGAAAAAGGCCUUAUUUACAGUUAACUGCCAAAAUAAUGGAAACACUUAAGUAAAUGAGGGAUACAAAGUAUAUUUAAACCAGGGGGUUCUAUACAGGGUCUGGUUCGGGAGUUUAAUUAACACAUUAACAUCCCAUCUUGCUUAGGGUAAGGUAUUAACAAUGCCCAGUUGCUGAUUUAUUAUGGCUAGAAGAGGUCUCCGUGACUUUGAAAGAGGGGUCUCAAAGAAGAACAGGCUGGUUUAAAGUGUGUGUUUGUUUCAGUUACCAGAUCUCUACCAAAUUGAACACUUAUGGGAGAUUGUGGAGCGAUGCCUGAAACAGCGUUUUCCACCAUCAAUAGAACACCAAAUGAUGGAAUGUCUCGUAGAAGAAUGGUGUUGCAUCCCUCCAGUAGAGUUCCAGAAUGGUGUUGCCCCCCUCCAGUAGAGUUCCAGAAUGGUGUUGCACCCCUCCAGUAGAGUUCCAGAAUGGUGUUGCACCCCUCCAGUAGAGUUCCAGAAUGGUGUUUGCACCCCUCCAGUAGAGUUCCAGAAUGGUGUUUGCCCCCUCCAGUAGAGUUCCAGAAUGGUGUUGCCCCCCUCCAGUAGAGUUCCAGAAUGGUGUUGCACCCCUCCAGUAGAGUUCCAGAAUGGUGUUGCACCCCUCCAGUAGAGUUCCAGAAUGGUGUUGCACCCCUCCAGUAGAGUUCCAGAAUGGUGUUGCACCCCUCCAGUAGAGUUCCAGAAUGGUGUUGCACCCCUCCAGUAGAGUUCCAGAAUGGUGUUGCACCCCUCCAGUAGAGUUCCAGAAUGGUGUUGCACCCCUCCAGUAGAGUUCCAGAAUGGUGUUGCACCCCUCCAGUAGAGUUCCAGAAUGGUGUUGCACCCCUCCAGUAGAGUUC